AUGACUCUGCUAUGGGUUAUACUGCUUCUUCUUCAUCAAGGAUAUACCUUAGUUCCUGUCAUCACAGUCCAGCUUGGAGAAUCUGUUACUUUGACCUGUCUGACUGACAAGUUUCAGGUUGUGACAUGGGUUCACUGGUACAAGCAGAGUCCAGGAUAUACUCUGAAAUUAAUUGCAAAGGUGCAUGAAAGUACAGAGCCCAUCUAUGGGGUUGGAUUCUCAGCCUCAAGAUUCAGACUUACUUACAACGGCAAUCAAAGCAACUUGAUAAUUUUGUCAACAGUUGAACAGGAUGAAGGAAUGUAUCACUGUGCUUAUAUGGACUGGAAUGAAUAUGCUUGGACUGGGACUUAUUUGUCAUUAAGAGGAAACUCUGAGAGGACAUCAAGCUACACUUUGGUUCACAAGCCAGCAGUUUCUAAUCCUACUCAUCCAACAGAUUCUGUGACUCUGCAGUGUUCAGUUCUGUCUGAGUCUGCAAGCACAACCUGUCCAGGAGAACCCGGUGUGUUUUGGUUCAGAGCCAUAUCAGAUAAAUCCUAUCCCGAUAUCAUCUACACUGAAGGAAAAAAACAGGAAGAUUGUGAAAAGACGUCAAACAAUCAGAAGAAAUGUCGUUAUCACUUCUCGAUGAACGUCAACUCUUCUGAAGUCAACACCUAUUACUGUGCUGUGGCCACAUGUGGAGAGAUAUUAUUUGAAAAAAGAGCAAAUAUGGUGAAGAACAAUCAAGAAAAAACAUUGAGAACUGAAAGAAUUGUCUUGAUGAUCACGUUAAUCUGCUUAGCUGUUUCUGUGACCUUGAAUAUUAUUUGUAUUUGUCACAGAACUCAAAUAUCAUCCUGUACCCGAUUCAAAGAAAGUUCCCCUUCUCAGGAAUAUCACGGAAACUUAAGCCAACCAAUAGAUAAGAGUGAAUAUGGGCAGGAUCUAAAUUAUGCUGCAUUGCAUUUCUCUAGAGGGACGGAUAAAAAAGGAAAAAAUAAAGUUCAGAUUGGAGAAAGUGUGUAUUCACAAGUUAAAUAAUAGAGGUCAAUAUGAUUAGGGUAACUCUCAACUUGUGCUAAGGUCUGCCAUUUUGAAUUAUGAAGUCACACAAAAAAAGUAAAUACUGUUAGUGUCAUCUCAUCGUUUAGAGAUGGAUCAUACAUGAAAAUAAAUUAUUUAAAUAUUUUCCAACCUUACAUGAUGAAAUAGGAUUAUAUCAGUAUAUUGAAAUAUGUACAGA